CACUUUUCAAACGUAAACAAAACUAAACUUUUAAAUCGUUUUAUUAAUUGUUUUCAUAAUUAAAUGAUUGACUCAUUUAUAAGAAAUUGUGAAUUCAUUCAUUGAAAACAUGCCAUAAGUUUGAACUUAUAGUGAAGUGAAUCAUAAAAUUGAUUGAAACCCAAAACAACACGUGUUUUGAGAGACAUGUCAUUCAAAAGACCCGAAGCCGUGGGCAAGUUUGCAGACCUGUCUGCCGACCGAUCGGAAGAGUUGGCCACCACUGAGGGUACGAUCGGUGGCUCUUCUUUGGUGUACAACCGGCGCUCCGAUGCGUCCGUCUCUGACCGCUAUCUGUCGGCCGACGACCAGAGAUCACGACUGCCCGUCAAUAAGUUUCGCGAUCACAUCGAGUACUUGCUGUCCAAACAUCAGACGCUUGUGAUUGUGGCGGAGACCGGAUCGGGAAAGUCCACUCAAUUACCGCAAAUAGUGUCCAAACUGUGCCACCAGUGGACGGAUGGCGAGACCGAUAACAAGCAACCAAUGGUAGCGGUGACUGAACCGCGUCGAGUGGCGGCCGUAACGCUGGCAGCUCGGGUGGCCGAAGAGAUGGGCGUCCAAUUGGGCCGCGAAGUUGGCUAUUGUAUCGGCUUUGAGGACUUUACUGCUGGUCCGGCCAUCACUCGCGUUAAAUUCUGCACCGAAGCCAUACUCGUCAACGAACUCAUGUCCGACCCGUUGCUUACGGCCUACGGGGCUGUCAUUGUGGAUGAGGCACACGAGCGGACACUUCAUACGGAUAUACUGUUGGCACUGUUGAAGAAGAUUAGCCGCAAACGACCGACACUACGGCUCAUCAUAGCCUCGGCCACCAUUGACUGCGAACUAAUGCGCCAAUACUUUGACCACAACCCGAAUCCAGCG